AUGUCUGCUGUGGAGAGAAGAGAAGUUUCGGAGGCUCGCUGGGAAAUUAGACCUUCCAGAAAUCGGGAUUUCAAGCAUCCACUGAGGCCACUGGUUCUGCCCAGGCAUCCUGUCUGCACGAGCACCUGGCCGGCUGAUGGCUCCAAUGGGAGACCCAUUUAUGUCUCUUUUGUCAGCAAGGCUAUCCUGUGGGACCGAGGAGUCUGCCACUACACUGCCCACGGUCGUCCAGCUUUCUGCACCUCUCUGUGUCCACGCUUCCUGUCUCACAUGAAGGCUCGUCCUAAAGACUUCUGCCCUCCCUAUUACCGGAGCUCCAAGUUCACACAGCAGCAUCCUCCUUCUCACGGAAAGGUCCAGAACACACACGCUUCCACUGCCCCAAAGAGCCAAAUGCUUCAGGAAGGACACUUCCAUCAUAUUCCCAUCAGAAGAGCGGGCUUCGUGCAGAACGUUGGUCUGCUUGCAGGAAGUCGCUCUGCUAUAGUCAUUCCCUGUGCCCAGCUCCCCGCUACUCCACCCAGCCUUAAUCCAACACCACCCUACAACAGCACACCUCACCCUGACUCUGAAAGACAGGAGAACAACUCAAACCCCACUCCAGCAUCUCCUCAUCCUCUUCCUCCUGUGAAGGAGAAACCGCUUGGGGGGGAAAAGGUGUCCCUACCCGCAGUGCUGGAGCCCGACUUCAGACCUGCUGGAUCAACCCUCUCACCACCACCCAGCUCCCUCUCCCGGGGGUCUUUUUCAGAUUUAAGCCGUCCACCUUCCAGUUUAUUCAGUCGGAGCGCCGACCUCAGCAGUGGCAGGAGCAGCAUCCUCUGUGACAAAACAUCUGCAGCAGAUUUGAUGGUCUCAGCAGAUCCAGAAGGCUAUGUUUCUUUAUCCCCAUCCCAUCCUUCCCCUCUGAUGCAGUUACCCCUAGCUUCUUCCCCUCCAGAGGAAUCAGACCUUCAUCAAUCCUUCAAGAAAAACACCACCGCCGACAGCACCGCCACCCCUGUGUUCUACGAGCCACUCUUCGGCCAAACCAAACCCUUCUCACCUCGCCCAAUACCAGCCAUCCACUGUAAUUCAGAGAAACCUCAGAGUAGCAAGAGAAGCACAAAAAUACCACAAAAUAUCCACUUAGAAGCAUUUGUAGCUCCUGCCGAUCUCAACACAUCCUUGGACUCCAAUCAAGGUGCCACUCUGGCUUUUCCCUCCACCACUUGGUCCUCCUGCCCAAGUCCACAGAGGACCACUCCCCACUCAGGGUCACUGGCAAAGCUGACCCCUUCUCCUCCAAUGUCUCGGAUGGAGUCUCAUCGCUGGCCGGUCCUGCCUCCAAUCUCCCCUGUCAGAGGGCGCUCAGCAGCAUCUCGCUGCUCUGAGAUCAGCUGCAGUCAGUCUCGUGUGUUCGAUGAACUGGAGGCCAUUGCGCCACUGUCAACUUCCUGUUUGUCUUUGGACCAGCCAUCUGACUCAUCAGGCUGCCCUUCACCUGAAACAGCAGAGCUGUCCCCCGGCCUCGCAGCACUCACAAUGGGCUGCGACUCUGGAAAUCUGGGCUCCCUGUCCCGGGUUCAGCUGCUCCUCCUGGACCGACCGGCGCCUGAGACUCUUUUGAGUCCCUUUGAGCUGGAGGAGGAGGUGUCCCCGAGGUCCGAUCUGACGAUGCAGUAUGAUUCAGCAGGUGUUUCGAGGCCGCUCACAGCUGGCAGCGUCUCUGAAAGGUUCAACUCUGCAGGGAAAGUCCGAGAAAACAAAUCGGAUCAGUCCGAAGGAGGUUCAGGGUCGCCAUCGUCAUGGAUCAUAGACCCAAGUCCGUCAUUCGACAUGUUCAGAUCCUCCCAUUCUCCCUCCCAGUCCAGCCACAGUUCCCACACAGGCGAAGGGGGCCCAGAUGAGGAGGAAUCCAAUUAUCCAGGAUGGAGGGACCAAGCUCAGUCCCCGGCUGGAGGGAGAAGGCCUGGGAGUCUCGAGGAUAAUGAAAGCAAGAUGGAGGAGAGGAAAGCAAAGGUGCUGAACGUGCUUUCCAAACUGCAGGACGAAACGCCUCGACAAAGCAAAAGCAGCAAAGGCCACUCAAACUUCGAAGAUUUCGACUUUUUGGCAAAGUACUGCAUUUUCAGUCAGGAGAAGCUGGCCGAGUACAAAAGGGCUUUUGAAGCAGAGGACAGUGACGGUGAUGGCUACAUCUCCUGUCUGCAGGUCCUCCUCGCUCUUAAAAACAUCAUCCCUCCUGAGCUGCUUUCCGAAGAGGAAGAGAUCUACGUCUACAGGAUCCUGGAGAUGGUGGACUUCAGAGUGACAGAUGGGCUCGUGGACCUGAGGCUGUUUGCUGUAAUUGCAAGCCUAGCACAGAAAAUUGCAUCCAUGGAAUUCCCACACACAGCGAUCUCUCGCUGCCCCGGGCUCUAUAGCUUCCUACACACAGGAGAGUGUGGAGCCAAGCCAGCACCAGAGGUCCCCGAGGGUCAAGGCCUGCACCCAAAACCUUCACCCCAGAUCCACCUCACACAGCGCCACAUUCCCUCAGGCAGCAUCACGUGGUCUGACGGGAAGCACAUUACCAUGCAGAAUUCCCAAACGGCAUCGAGCGGAGCCGGCUCAUCCUCAUGCUUUCGCUGGAAGCUCACGCUGACGAUCUCCCCACUACGUAAACUGUCUGAUAGAGUUUCCCAUCACCCGUCAGCCUGCUCAGAAUAUCCCAAAACAACCCUCAACUCUGUCAAGUCGAACUAG